AUGCCUAUUGUGAUAGACGAGGAUGGUGGAAGCGAGGAGGUGGAGUCUGAUGACGAGUAUCUAGAUGCUCCGGAGCAUAUGGACGAUGAUGAUAUAUUUGUCGCUCAACCUUCAAGGUUUGAUUUGUUGGUUGGUGGGUUCUGGUUGGUUCUGACAGAUAGGAGGGGGGCUGAGAAUGUCUGGAUGGAGCACAUGGACGAUGAAGAAAUAUUCGUCGCUCAACCUUCAAGAUCCGGUAUUCAGCCUUUGCUGCCCGACGAUUUUGGCGACGAAUCUUUGGCCGGGAUCAAAUUCGGCGAAGAGUUUACAAACAGAUACGGCCAGCCGUCCCUGCCGUUUUUUCAAGGAUCUCUAGAUGACGCGUUGAACGAAUCUUGUAAUAAAGCCUCUCAGGAUCGUAAAAUGCUAGCGCUCUACCUCCACCAUGAUUCAUCUGUUCUAACCAACGUAUUCUGUACACAAGUUCUCUGUGCAGAUCCGGUCAUAGGAAUGUUAGGAGAGAACUUUAUAACCUGGGGAUGGGAUCUAACAUUUAAUUCGAACAAACAGCGACUAUUAGACAUGAUAAACAGGCAUUUUGGUUCGGUUGCGGCAUCUACUCUCAGAAAUUUCCAAAUUGAAAAACUGCCCAUUGUGAUAUUAGUGGCCAAGCUAAGAGGAAAUCUGGAGAUAUUUAAGAUAAUACAUGGGAAUACAACUUUAGAUGAAUUCAUAACAGAACUAAUGUCUGCAUCAGAGAGCUAUUUACUACAGGUAGAAAUAUUGUUUAAGUAAACCUCUAUACCAAAAUAAAAAAAAUUAGCUGAUUUGUAUGAAUCAGAUGGGAAGAAAAACAAAUUUUUCACAAUUCCAAAGGUUU